CGCCAGAGUCCCACGCGGCCCCUUCCCUUUCCAUCUAUCUGCGUCUACACUCCUCAACUACCUCCAUUAUUAAAUUCAUGGUUAAAAACCCCACCUUUAUUAUUAAAACCAGGCAGCCUCAAUCCCACAAAGCUCUCAUCUUUUUCCCUCACUCCGUUGAAUAAAACAACACCAACCAAACAGAGUGAGAGAGAUUCAUGGAGGAUCUAGUCCAUGGCUUGAUCAAUGUAGCUUUAGGCAGAGAUGGAGGUCGCCGUGAUGGCGACAGAGCUCAGGACUCCCCUGCCAUUGACCAGGCCUCUAGAUCCACUUGGGCUGAGGUGGUUUCCAGUGGGCAAGAUGAAAAUGAGGAAAGCUUUAGUGGAUAUUCGAGAAAGGAAGGAGGUGAAGGGACAACCGAUGGAGGUUGGGAGACUGUUGGGCACAAGAAAGAGCGUCAUCCAUCAAGAAGAUCUGAAGAGGGUGAAGGGAGAAGUGAUGAAGGUUGGGAGACUGUUGGUCACAAGAAAGAGCACCGUCCCUCAAGAAGAUCUGAAGAGGAAGAGGUUGGUGGAGGUUGGCAAACUGCUGGGCGCGAAAAACAUCAUCAGAAAAAGAUUCCUGUAGAUAACUGGCAUAAGUACAAACAGCCUCCUGUCGAGCAAGAGUAUAUCCACGAAGCUGAUCAUGGUCUGAACAUAGAACCAUCAAGAGAGGAGCUUGCUGAGUUGUCUGCAGCCUGCAGCAAGCUCUGGGACCUUGACUCAAACCGCUUGAUUCCUGGAAAAGACUAUGAAAUUGACUGUGGUGAAGGCAAAAAAGUCUAUCAGAAAGAAGAUGUGGCAUCCGAGAGCCUAUUUAGGUGGUUGAAUGAUGACAUAUUUCGGAGGCCUACUUAUGGACGCUUCUGUUCUCUUUUGGAUAAUUACAAUCCAAAUGAAGGAUAUAAAGAAGUUGUUACUCCUCAAGAGAAGCAUGAGCAAGAUGCAUUCAUUGAGGAAAUCAGCAGAACUGCUCCGAUAAGAUAUCUUCAUAAGUAUCUAGUUUCUAAUGGCAUUGCACCUGAGGAUUAUAAAGAGUUUAAGAGAAUGAUGAUAAAUUUGUGGUUCGGUUUACAUGGGAGGGGUGGUGGAUCUAGUUGCUCUUCUGCUUUUGAGCAUGUUUUUGUAGGAGAGAUCAAAGGGCGCGGGAAGAAUGAAGUCUCAGGCUUCCACAAUUGGAUUCAGUUUUACAUGGAAGAAGCUAAAGGAAAUGUAGACUACCAAGGUUAUGUAUUCCCAAGGAGACGUGGACAAUGUCCUGACUCUGAAACUCAAUUGCUCACGCUUCAGUUUGAAUGGAAUGGCAUCCUAAAAUCUGUCUCCAGCAGUUUUAUUGGAGUGAGCCCAGAGUUUGAAAUCGCCCUUUAUACUCUCUGCUUUUUUAUGGGUGGAGAAGACAACCAUAUUCUUCUGGGUCCUUAUGCUGUCAAUAUUAAGUGUUAUCGUCUAGGAAAUGACAGGAUAGGAUCUGUAUUUCCAAUAGCUGAAUCUUAAAUCUGAAAUUAGUCGAGAUAAAAUAAUAAAGCUUAUAUAAGCUUAUGUUAUGAUAUAAUGUUCAAACCAAUAAUUAUUGAGACUUUUGGACGGUUGUUUUUAACUCACUGCCUUGAUGUAUUACAAUAAUCAAUACGUUUUUCAUCUAUUAGUGAAUAAUGUACACAUGAAUAAAUUGUUAUU